UUGGGAAUGUUCGUUAGGCUGACGUCACUUUUAAAUUUUAACCGUUACAACGUUAGCUAGCUCAUGCAAUAACAGCAACGUUUAUCGGGCUAAUGAAGCCUGGUUUACUGCUUUUCAUAUACGUCGAUAAAAUUCAACAGAGAUGGCCCUUUAAAUAGAUAAGAAAGCGCACAGUUAUUUUAAAGUAGGGUGUUUUUUUUUUUUUAGGUAACGUAAAAUCUGUCAAAAAUGUCAUCCUUCAAGUUAGCUUAACCAUGAGUCAUCUGUUGCCAGGGAAGCUUUUCAUCCGUCCCUGACGUCUGUGCGCGUAUUGGCUGUAACGUUGUACCUACCUGCUCGGUGUUAAUGGCAGCCUACCUUGAUACCUGCCGUUCUUUUUAGUCGUGACUUUGAUUCCCCCCCGUAGUUAUAAUGUUACCUAACAAACGAAAGCAAACGAGGACACACACACACACACACACACUCUCUCUCUCUCUCUCUCUCUCUCCCAACUCCUCCCUCACCAUUUUGCCCUCCCUCUGAUUUUUUUUUUCCAAAUCUGUUAUUCUGCUGUCUGUCCAGUCUGUGUUGCAGCCGAGCAAAUGUAGUUGCAGCUAACAUUUCAGCUGCCAGCCGAACCCCCGCUUCUUUCUUUCCGCCUGUCCUUCUUUCACUCCGCGGCGGUGACACGGCUUUUUUUUUUCUUUUUCUCUUCACUCGAGUCGACUUCAUUAUGUCUAGCUGUCGAUAACGCGCUUUUUUUGUCUUAUCAGUCCUUCACUUCCAGGUGAUCCUGGCUGUGUACCAGCCCCCUGAAGAAACGCCUCUGUAAGGGGAAAAUAACCAUAACAAUUAACAUUUUUAACCGACGUUAAUUCAGGAGGAAGGACGUCAGAGUCUUGGACCACAAACAGCAAGCAAGGACAUGCAGAAGAGAGGUCAGUGAGGAGGAUGACAACAGAAGAGCAGACAACGGUGAGAGGGGGAUGAGAAAGCGACUGAAAUAAGAGGAGGAAGUGGAACUCCAAAGUGCCUACUGUGAGGUGUCGUCCGCUGCUGGAUGAGAGCAGGACGGGACUUGCUGGUCGUUUGGCCUUGAAUGGAGGCUGUAUUUUAUCCUGACAGCCACAGAGUCAUCCAUCCCACGUUGGCGAGCUGCAGUCCUCACAUACCCUGAGCUGAGCCGCCACCUCGCCUCAUCCGGGCAAGGACACCAUCCCUAUAAGGUUCUGCUUUUUGUUCCACUUACAGCGUCCACCCCAGCCUCGGCCAUGUUGACGUGAACGUAACAGUAACUUGCGGUGGGCGUCAGUCGAUUCAGGUGAAGGCACAGGACGCUCGGUGACAUAUCCAAGCAUGCCAGAGUGAUGUCCUCAAGAGUAGUUUCUCUUUUUUUUCUCCUUUGAGGCAGAGCUGGACUCUGCUCACAGUCAGCCCUCCCUCUAUCUCACCCCAGUGAAACUUCAGCUGCCACUUUUCCCAGGAAGAACUAAUAAACAUCCCCCUAAAAUACACCAACCAAAACGGACCCGCUGCCCUUUUCUGCGCUGAGGAAAAAUAUUUUUGCUUCUGUUUUUCUCUUGUGUUUUUGCCAGGGACUUUUUUUUUUUUUUUUCUUUGCAUCACUAUUAGUCACCCCUUUGCUCCCAUCAGACAGUUUUCCGUCCGUCUGUCUCCGCCGCCGCUCAGUGUGUUUGACUCCGAUGGCCGUCAGCAUGACCAUGGGACGGGACACCAAAUGGCUGACCCUGGAAGUGUGUCGUGAGUUUCAGAGAGGCACCUGCUCGCGGUCUGAUGCCGAGUGCAAGUUUGCCCACCCCUCCCGGAGCUGCCAUGUGGAGAAUGGCCGAGUCAUCGCCUGCUUCGACUCUCUCAAGGGGCGCUGCACUCGUGAGAACUGUAAAUACCUGCACCCACCUCCGCACCUCAAAACCCAGCUGGAGAUCAACGGGAGGAACAACCUGAUCCAGCAGAAGGCCGCCGCAGCCAUGUUGGCUCAACAGAUGCAGUUCAUGCUGCCUGGAGCGCAGUUGCAGCCCAUAACUACAUUCCCAAUGACGCCCUCCCUGGCAACGAGUCCCAGUAUGGCAUUCAGUCCAUACCUGAGCCACAUGGGCCCAGGCAUGGGCCUGAUGCCUGAGCUGCUGCCCAGUACUCCCCUGCUGGUUCCUGGGAGUCCCACCGGCCUGGCAGCCAUGGCCAACGGCACCUCCGCACAAAAACAUAUGCGCACAGACAAGCUGGAGGUUUGUCGAGAAUUCCAGCGCGGUAACUGCACGAGGGGCGAGAGUGACUGCCGCUACGCUCACCCCCUCGAGGCUGGCAUGGUGGACUGCAGCGAAAACUCGGUCAUCGUCUGCAUGGACUACAUUAAAGGUCGCUGCAGCCGAGACAAGUGCAAGUACUUCCAUCCCCCAGCUCACCUGCAGGCUAGGAUCAAGGCUGCACAGCACCAAGCCAGUCAAAACACAGCGUCCGCAGCCUUGGGUCUCCCUCCAGGAGCCAUGCAGCCGCUACCAAAGAGGCCGAUCUUAGAGAAGAGCAACGGAGCUGCUGCCACCGUCUUCAACCCCAGCAUGUUCCACUACCAGCAAGCCCUGGCUAACAUGCAGCUCCAGCAACCAGCCUUCAUCCCCACUGUAGACCCCUCGGAGCUUCUGACCCCCGAUCCAGUGGAGCUCCAGUGCGUUCCCAUGGAAACCCAUUUCUGUCCCGUCCCCAAACUGCUGGUGGCGGCUCCGGUGGCGCUAAACUCAGUAAGCCUUUCCCGAAACCCCAGUUAAAGUCCCCCAAAGCCUGCGCACUACCAGGGGCCGUCAUCUUUUCUGAAUGCAGCAAACAUGUGCCUCACCUACAGUGCACACUGACUGAGUGGCAACGUGAAACUGGUUAUAAGAUGUAAUGAAAGUUAGAAAACGCUGCGAUGGUUCACGCAAUACAAGCCUGGACGUAUUACUGUUGCUUUGAAGCAGCCAUCCUGAUGCAUACUGACUCGAUCAGGCUGAGCAAUAGAGCUCCCUCCUUCUUACAGCCAUACAUGCCCACACCUUAAAAGUGCACCAGAAACACACACACACACACACAGACGCUCACACAUACACACACAGAUGCUCACACACACUCUAAUACACACAUUUAAGACUUAAUGCCCUUUAUGGGUUGGAGCCAUCACACAAGGCAACCCAACACAUUUGACUGUUCCAAAGUCAGAAACUCUAAAAAGCGAAUUCUGGAAAUUGAGACCGUCCGAGCGGCAAACGGACGUGCCGCUGGUCUACAACCAUCACGUGUUGUCGAAACGAAAGUGUAGUUUUCAUAUCAUGUCAUGUUUACGUUUCCAGAUGGCUACAAAUGUUUGUGUUGUACUUAACGUCUACCAUCAGUUUGUUCACAUGGUCUCAUCUCGCCUGAUAAGUUGUUGUUGAUUUGUUUGUGCCUUUGAUUUUUCUGCUCAGCUGCAGAGGAGACUUCGUCCACCGCCACCCCAAAAAGAAAACUAACCACUUUAAUAAUCAAAAGAUUUUCUUAUUUGUGAUUGAAGACAAUAUCUGUUGUUUCAGAAAUACUGUGUGUUAGCCAAUAUCAUGUUGUAAGAAUCAAGUGAUAACACAUCGCCAGUUCAAAUUUAUAUUUUUUCUUAAAUGUUGGUUAUGACUUGAAUUAGUUUUCGUCCCCCUGCCUUCAUCGUCAGUGUCGGAUACUGACGGCAUCAUUUGAUGUAACGCAACAGCCCAAAAUCAGAUACAAUCACUGCGAUAUAAAAGGAGCUGAGUUGAGAGAUUUUUAAGAAUGUGGCUCUUAAUUUCUUGAUUUAAGAAACAAACUGCCUUAAAGCAGGUGAGGUCAAGAUUCCCGUAUGUCCCUGGAAAAGUCUACCGGAAAUAAACUAGACAGCUUAAAUUAUUUGAAUUGAUGAAUUUGAGGUUGAGGAUGACUCUAGUCAUGAUGUCUGAUCAGCGAUUGUUUCUUAGGUGUUAAGAAUCAUUUUUCAAUGAGAGAAAAGGAAGGUUUGUCCUGUUUCCUUCAUGAUGCGAUAUCCAAACAUGGUGUAAGAGAACGACAGUCGAGAGGAGCAGAACUCUGAUUUCUUGUUUCCAACUCACCUGAAAUCACCAAACAAUAUUCCUGCGGGUCAGAUCUAAGAUUACUGACGUGUAUAAUUGGCACCUGUCAAACUUUUACCCCUGAUGUCGGAGUUAUUGCACAAGAUUGAAGCUGGAUUUGUUGUGCCUAAAGUCUGUGUGUGUGCCAAGUGGUGGUAUAUGCAAGGAGCUGCCCCCAUUCAAUGCAAUACCUGAUGAAUUCCUCCAAAUAAAUGUCUCCCGCUCAAAAUGCAGAGAUGUAUUUUUAAAAAGGCCAGUUUUUUGGUGUUAAUUGUCUCCUUUCGUGCGGCUUUCGGAUCGAACAAGUGGCACAAGAUUUUUAUGUUUCGUGGCUCCUCAGGGAGAAAGCUGAGAACUUGAAACGUCCUGUCUGCGUUUAUAAUGUGUCGUCUUUUCUACUGAUGUGCCCUUUUUUGUCGUCAGACGCGGAAUAUGGCAGCCACAGUUGUUAUGGUAAAGCCAGGAGACGGAGGAAUAAAUCACCUGUUUGAUGUCUCAUGGUGAAAAAAAAAAAAUGACACACCUUUUGGGGGUUUUGGUGUCCAGACGCCUGUGGACCUGUAAAAUUGAACGUAACAGCUUCGGAAACUGUGCUGAAAUCACUUUUGUCCAAAUUCAAAUGUGCCUCCUUAAAGUCUCCUCGAACCACCACUGUCAAUACACUGUAAGAACAGACCAGUGCUCAAAGAUAGAUGUGUUAUUUGGUACAUUAUUAUUAUAACAGUAAAUCACCUCUGUACUAGUUUCUUCUCCGAGACAGCUGUGCUGCCUCAUCGUUUGUGUAAACAGAUAAAUCAGUGUGUUGUGUGCGUACACGAGUGUGUCGGCAGAGACAAUGAAUCACGUAUUCGGUUAGUUGAAAAUGCUGCAGAUGUUAAGGCAUUUUUUCACUGAGCAUUAUUCAUUUUAAAUAAUGUUAUCGUGUCGUGAAUGUAUCUAAUGCAAAAAUUACUCAUGCCCUUCUAAAAGACAGGCAUGUUUGAAAUGUAAUGAUUCACUAUAUAUAGACUAUUUCUGAGGUCACAUAGGUACCAUGCUGAUACUGUGUUAAGACAUAUUAAAGUAUGUGUAUUGUUAUAUAGAUUUAUAUUUAAUGUCAAUGAGUGGUGUGACUACUUUUAGAAAUAUCUUUCACUCUCAGAGAAGGUAGAAGCAGAAUCGUACAUUACAGUACCAUUUCUUGCGAGUCAGUUUUUGUACCCCUACCUUUGAAAGAACCCAAAGUGCCCAGAAUGCACCUGUAAACAAUGUUGUAACCAUCGGACAAAAUUGAGAAAAUCCACUUGUUUUGCCUUUUAUUUUUUAUUAUUUUUCACAUGAUGGUGGAUUUGGCCAGUUCUGCCCCCAUAUUUGCAGUCCUUGUUUCUGUUAACUCACACUCUUGGUAACUGUUACGAGGAUGUAAUCCCUCACUGGCUUCCCACCCAUUACCUGUCAACUGUGUUUAACUUGAGGCGCAGGAACUUAGAAGCACCACCUCCCUGGGUUUUGAUGGGUGGAUGUUCCCAUCUGGAGCACCCCGAUCAGUGCGCUUCCUGAACUGCAGCGACCUUAAGUUGACGCUGAAUUUACAUAAAUGUGUCUUUUUAAAGGAACAACACGCCUGUUCGCUGUCUUUCUGAGUUAGAUGAGAAGAUCGAUACUGCACUCAUAUCACAAUCAAGCCUUAAAUUGUGUAGAAGUGACAAAAUACACAUAACACCACCUCUAAAAUACAACAAUAAACACAUCGUGUGUUUGUUUCAUCAGGACCCAGAUGUGAUAAAGACAAGUCAUUUGAGUGUGAGGGACUCUCGGCAGGGUCAGGCAGCUGUGUCGUUCAACGCUAAUUUCUAAUCUGUAAGACUUGACAGAUUUCGAACACGCAAACAAAAUGGCGGAUAUUAAACAGAGCUGCACAGAGAUCAACAGCUGUGCACAGUGACAUCUGGCAAUCUUCUUCUUGUUUUUGUUGCUAGGCAACAAGAACUACAGCCACAGAGAAGUUCAACCAAAGCGAAUUAUUCGUUAGCAACAAAUAGCCUGAUUACUUUACUGUAUAUUAGCCGAUGGCUAGCGAGGACCGCUACACACCGAGGGUGUUUUUGCAGUGUUGAUAGGUGCUUUUUUUUUUUUUUUUUACCGUUGUAUUAUAGCUCAGCUCAGUUUUUCGAGCCCUAUACCGAUGUCCAUAUUUAUGUUUAAAAAAACAGACAGUAUAUCAGCCAAUAGAACUUUUCUUUCAAUAUAAAAACUAACAGAAAAUCUUGUCAUCGAUCCUUUAGAUUUUUUUUAUUGCUAGUUAAAGACUGUGAGCGAGAUACAGACUGAAACAAUGUUGACACCAUUUCUAACUGACCUCACACCUCAAAGUAAUCGAUCAGUAUCGUUCUACUCAGUCUGGAUCAAGAGGAUGUUUGUCCUGUUUCCAGUCUUAAUGUUCAGCUCAGCCGUCUGUCUCCUGGUUUAAGCUUGAUAAUUUACCACACAGACAUUGAAGUGAUACCAAUCUUCUCAUUUAACCCUCAGAAAGAAAGUGAAUGUGUAUAUACUCUUAAGUAUUUAUUUAAACUACCAUAUACUCUUUUAUCUACACAGUGGAUUAAACAGAGCGUAGCCCCAUUGUGAGCCUGUUAUCUUACACCUGUAAAGACGUGUGCUCUUUGGUACUUCUUUACCUCCUGAGUGUUUUGAGAAGCUGCAUUUUCUCUCUGAAGAAUUUCAGCAGAAUUGUUUCUCUCCCUCUCGAUGAAAUUGAUGAUUAGAAUGUCCAGACAAAUAAUUUUGUCUAAAUCUUACAGCUUUGAAAGAUUAGCUUUGUCCAGCCAAGAAGACCCCUCUCUCUCUCUCUUUAGCCUUCGUCUCCUCUCCCCUUUACAUCAUUAUGCCUUCACUAACUGCUGUCCAGCUGGAAAAAAACAAAAACAAAACAGAAUACUUGAUCAAUAAAUUGUGCCUGUUGAGGGCAUUUGAAUUUUUAAGUACACUUAGAUGUAUGUAUUGAUGCACAAGAGUGUGUUAGUUAGGGGAAUUGUGGUGUGCUGCAAGAAAAGAAAUAGUUUUUACCUCUGUCCCUUUCUCGUUCUCUUGUUACUUCUUUGGGCAACAUUGUAUUUUUCCCCAUACUGUCAUUUAUCAUCACUCUGGAAUAUGCAAAGUGCUCUGAUCAUUGAGUCCAGUGACCAGAUCCUUUAGCAUGUGGACAGUUAAUUCCGUCCUGAGCAUAUUUCUGUUGCCCGGGGGAACAAACAAAGGGCCUUAUUUCUCGAUCACUGUAUAAAGAUGUGAUAGCUGUGUAUGAGAGUCACAAGUAUUAAUGGUAAGUUAAACUUUUUUUUUAUCUGACAUUAAAAAAAACACAGCAUGGAAAUAAAAUUUAAAAAAAAAUCAUUUAUACAUAGUUAAUAGUUUGUGUAGACCAACAAGAAAAAAAGAUAUAAUAUGAAAAUCAUUUGUAUACAAUGAUGGAGUCAUUGUUAAUGGUAAUAGUUGCUGUUGCUGUGGCAACAAAAUGACAACAUGGCUACCUUUCUAUUAUCCUAAUUGUGAUUUUUUUCACAUUCAUUGAAAUAACAUACAACACUAACUUAUUCAAAAAGGGAAUGUCUAAUUAGUUUGUCUUGUUAUUGCAAAGUGAUUAAAUAUUUUGUAUGGAAAACUUAAAUCCUUGUAAUAUCCAAAGGUCCUUAGGGGAGAUCAGGUGUUUAUUUUGUUUUGUUUAUUUGACCUUAAUUGUAUGUUUUUGUUCUUGUACAUGGUGUUUUUGAGAAAUAAGAAUGGACUUUGGCUUUUAAAGCGAACACCUAUCUGUCAGGGAGGUGAAGAGGCUUUUGGACUGAUAGAAAGAUCUUCAUCUUUUUCUGUAAAAAUCCAACUAGUCAGUGAUCUUCACUGUUUACCUCCUGCAGACCGGGCGGUCCUCGCUCACUGUCCUCUGUAUGGCGGCGUGAGCUUUCAUUAGUGAGUUCUGUUUCCGUUUUGGCCAAGAGGGCGGUCCAGAAGCCUCUUCCUGCCCAGCUGUGCUGGGUGAUGUCGAUCCUUGCUGAGGUGUAUACGAAUGUGUGACGUUCACCUUGUUUGCACUUAUGUACAUAACUAUGUCAAAAUACUCAAAAUUUAUUUUGAAUAAAUAUAGAUAAAAGAGUUGAUUAAAAAUCAAAUCAAUGUAUUGUUAAUGAUAUGAGUAUGUCUAUCAUUUUAUUACAGUAUAGAAGAUUUCUUUGUCCUUUUGUUUGUUUGCUAGAGCCCUGUUCUUUGCCAAGCAUGACAUUGCCUAGCUGUCAAUCAUGAAUGGUUUUGCUUUGAAAAAGCUUUUUUCUGUUCAUUUAUUUUUGGUUCAUUAAUAUCUCAAACAAGAGAGGUGGAUUGGAAGAAGAAAUCAGUGUGGAACAUGUGUAAUAAAACCAGUAACCCUGUCCUUAAAUGCUCAUCAUGAAUACAGAAGUGCAGGUGCCGUCCAGUGACGCACCAGAUUAAAGCACAGAGUGGCUCCACCUGCAGGCUGGAAAAUAAGAGGAGCAGGUAAAAGAAAUCAGACUAGAGGGACAUUGAUGUUCGACGUGUUCACAGGGUUUUAAAUUCACUUUCAUUUUGUCGUUUUCUGAAAUCAGUUGUGCUUUGCCUCCUUGUUGUCAUUAUCCAAAACAACAAUAAAUCUGAAUUCUCCUCAGGAUUUAAGUCAAAAUUGCAAACAACCCGGUUUUCCAAAUGCUAUUCUUGCAGCAGCAGCAACAUCCUCCUUAUACGACUCUGUUCCUUCAGAUUUGGACACGUGACGCUCUUCAAUUGCUACUAAAGCCAGCGAUUUUGUUGCCAUGGCACUUGUCCUAGUGGUGGAUGGACUGAGUCAUUCUGGUGAAUCGGUUCACAGCCCUCUGACUCCACAUGUGGAGAAAAGUACAUGUGGAGUGGACUUAAAACACUUCGGGUUUCCAGUCACCAACAAGUGAAUAAGAUGGUGAUUUGAUGUGAAAUUGUUAUUUUUUGCCAUUAUUUUUUAAAUGAUUCAGUUGUAAUUGUGCCUUUAUCAUGCAAGGUGUAGUCUUCUUUUUACUUUCUACAUUCAAAUUGACUUUAAAACAACACCUGUAUCGAGUGUGUGUAAAAAGUAUCCCUUUAUUUAAAAUCCUUUGUUGGUGAGUCAUUAUUAAAUCGGGUUCAUUGAAUGACUAAUUGGUAACCUGUGGAAGAUGACGAGGGCCAAAGACUGUUCAGGACUAAGCCAUAUGAUAAACUCUCUCUGACACUCUAGGACAGACUCGAAAGUGACUGCUGUUUCUUAGUCAUCUAUUGUUUCACUCUGUUUUCUGCUUGUGGUGCUUGUAUGUGCUGCUGUGCUACAUGCCAAUUUAUUUUGCAGUGUAUAGCUAUUAAGAGUAAGUUACUGUGCCUAUGAUGAGUUCUGCGAUUUCUGUUUGACCUUUAAUAAAACUCAUAAUUGUGAUCCUC